GAUUCAAUGCUAAGAGUGUAUUAGCAUCCUUCACUUCCCAUAGCAUCCUUCAAUGUUCUUGUGCUAAGGGCAACAUGAAAGGCAACAUGACCUCUAGGACAUUGCUACUUUUCUUGGCCUUAAUGGUAACAAAUUCAAUUGCUAUCAUGGACAAACAGACAUAUAUAGUACACAUGGACAAGACCAAGAUCAAAUCCUCAAUUCAUUCACAAGACAGCACUAAACCAUGGUUUCAAUCUGUCAUUGAUUUCAUCACUGAGGUUUCAGUGCAAGAAAAUGAAGAAGAGGAAAUAGCUCCUCAGCUUCUUUAUGUCUAUGAAACCAACAUGUUUGGUUUUUCUGCACAUCUUUCAAGUAAACAACUUGAAUACUUGAACCAAGUUGAUGGUUUCCUUGCAGCAAUGCCUGAUGAGCUAUUAACCCUUCACACAACACACACCCCACAUUUUCUUGGCCUACAAAAUGGGAGAGGACUUUGGAGUGCUCCUAGUUUGGCCUCUGAUGUGAUCGUAGGGAUCCUUGACACCGGUAUAUGGCCGGAACACAUCAGUUUCCAAGACACUGGUUUGACAGAAGUACCCUCUAGAUGGAAAGGUUCUUGUGAAGAAGGGACCAAGUUCUCUGCCUCAAAUUGUAACAAGAAGCUAAUUGGAGCAAGAGCCUUUUAUAAAGGGUAUGAAAAAGUUAUCGGGAGAAUCAAUGAAACGCUGGAUUAUCGUUCGCCAAGAGAUUCUCAAGGGCAUGGAACACACACAGCCUCAACUGCAGCCGGUAACAUGGUGAACAAUGCAAGCUUAUUCGGCAUGGCUAAAGGUUCAGCAAGUGGAAUGAGGUAUACCUCAAAAGUUGCGGCUUAUAAAGUAUGCUGGCCGCUAGGCUGCGCCAAUUCGGAUAUAUUGGCAGCUAUGGAUCAAGCUGUUGCUGAUGGGGUAGACAUAUUGUCACUCUCUUUAGGCGGCAUUGCAAAGCCUUAUUACAAUGAUAGUAUUGCCAUAGCUUCAUUUGGGGCAACUCAAAAUGGAGUUUUUGUUUCUUGCUCUGCAGGGAAUUCGGGUCCUUUCAAAUCAACCGUCGGAAAUGUUGCACCGUGGAUCAUCACUGUUGCUGCUAGCUACACUGAUAGAAGCUUUCCAACCAAAGUGAAGCUAGGGAAUGGACAGGUUUUCAAAGGGGCAUCUUUGUAUCAUGGCAAGACAAUCCAAUUGCCUCUUGUGCAUGCUAAUACCACAGGAACACAAAGGACAGCACAAUUUUGCACCAAAGGUUCACUUGAUCCAAAGCUAGUCCAUGGAAAAAUAGUUGCUUGUGAACGAGGAAUGAAUUCCAGAACUGAAAAGGGCGAGGUGGUGAAAAUGGCAGGCGGGGCAGGAAUGCUACUACUAGUGAAUCAAGGAGAAGAGCUUUUUGCUGACUCUCACAUUUUGCCAGCAACUUCCUUAGGUGCCUCAGCAAGCAAUGCAAUUCGAAACUACAUCCACUCUGCCAAAUCUCCAACAGCUUCAAUUUCAUUCAUAGGAACAACGUAUGGUGACCCUGCACCAGUUAUGGCAGGAUUUUCUGCUAGAGGGCCAAGUAUAGUGGGGCCAGAUGUGAUUAAACCAGAUGUAACUGCACCUGGUGUGAACAUCUUGGCUUCAUGGCCACCAUUAACUGCUCCAAGCCUGCUCAAGAGUGACAAAAGGAGUGUGCUAUAUAACAUAGUUUCCGGCACCUCGAUGUCUUGCCCUCAUGUUACCGGCAUAGCAGCACUUCUCAAAUCUGUGUACAAAGAUUGGUCACCAGCAGCUAUCAAAUCUGCACUGAUGACCACAGCUUACACAGUGAACAACAGAGGUUCCCCUCUUUUAGACAUUGCAUCAAACACCUCAUCUGCAUUCGCUAACCCUUUUGCAUUUGGUUCAGGCCAUGUCAACCCAGAAUGUGCCUCUGAUCCAGGGUUAGUCUAUGAUAUCACCAACAAAGAUUACCUAAACUACUUGUGCAGCCUUAACUAUACUCCUACCCAAAUUGCUAUAAUCUCAAAGGGUCAUUUCAAAUGCUCCAAAGAUUCAUUUUUUCAACUUGGUGACCUAAACUACCCUUCAUUUUCUGUCUCAUUUGACAUAAAUGGCACAAAUUCUAGUGUUACAUACAAGAGGGUAGUCACAAAUGUUGGAUAUCCUAGUAGUUCUUAUACAGUGAAAGUUGAAGAACCAAAUGGAGUAUUAAUUAAGGUUGAACCAAGAAAUUUGAGGUUUGGAAAAUUAGGUGAGAAAUUGAAUUAUAGUGUGACUUUUGUUGCAAAUGGAGGAACGACAAUAAGUGACACUUCAACAUUUGGAUCAUUGACUUGGGUGUCAGGCAAGUACAAUGUUAGAAGCCCUAUAGCAAUAACCUGGCAAUAGCAAUUGUCAUUGUUGUAAUUUCAUUUUGAUUAUUAAUGAAA